AUGUGUGCCCUCUGCUGGAACAUCCGCGGCUUCGGCCAUGAUGGCCGCCGCCGCCAACUCAUCGAGUACAUGCGUGAUGAACACAUUGACAUUGUCGCCAUCCAAGAAACCAUGCGCACGGAAUUCUCCCUCCCUGAGCUCGACCGUCUUAGCCCCCACCUCUUCGCCUGGCAUUGGCUCCCUUCUAGUGGGAGCUCGGGCCAUUCCGGUGGCAUCCUGUUAGGCGUGAAGGAUGCCACCUUUGAGGCCGGCGGUAUGGACCGGGGACAAUUCUUUGUUAGCAUGGAACUUUAUGAACGCUCCCUCAACUUCAAGUGGGAGGUUACUAUUGUCUACGGCCCCGCCGACCAUAGCCGGUCGGCCUCCUUCCUUGAGGAGCUCCACCGGAAGGUCUCGGCUGCUUCGCUUCCGGUGGUGGUUGGGGGCGAUUUUAACCUCCUACGUUUCGCGGAGGACAAGAGCAAUUCGCACGUCAACUUUGCCCGUAUGCAAAUGUUCAAUGACUGCAUUGCUGACCUUGGGCUCCGCGAAAUAGAUAGGGUUGGUGCCAGGUUCACCUGGACCAACCGUCAGGCCGCUCCGACCUAG